AUGGAAACCAGAGUGAAAGAGCACAAUUUCAAGAGAAUUAUCAAAGCUAUUACUCCAGAUUGGGAAGGGAUAAACAACUACCAAUAUGCUCAGAAUAGUAGGGUGUGGGUAUUAUGGGAUCCAAGAUGGUAUAGUGUGAUGUUAAUCAAAGCUGGGGCUCAAUAUGUUCAUUGUCAACUUAUAGACAAUUUAGGGAAGAUAGAAUGCUUAAUAACAGUUGUCUAUGGACACAAUACAAUUGAGCAAAGGAAAGCACUAUGGGCAGAUAUACAUAACUUGACUGCAAACAUAACCACUCCUUGGAUAAUUGGAGGAGAUUUCAAUGCAGUUCUAUAUUCUCAAGAUAGACUAAUGGGCAAUCCUAUAACAUAUGCUGAAACACAAGACUUUGCCAGCUGCAUUCAAACUCUGCAGUUGAAUCAAUUGCUAUGGAAGGGUGAUUACUAUACUUGGUCGAACAAGCAAGAUAGAACUGAUAGAAUCAGAAGCAGAAUAGAUAGGAUGUUUGGAAACUUUGAAUGGAUGAUACAAUGGGGAAGAUCUAUUGCUGACAAGAUUGACAAGGCUCGUGGAGAACUUCAAGAUAUACAAGAGAAGAUUACCACAAAUUAUACUGAUGGCCUACUGGAGCAAGAGAAAACUGUCAUUCACCAGCUGGAAAAAUGGUCUCUUAUAGAGGAAAGUGUCCUAAAACAAAAAUCAAGAGCAAGGUGGAUUAAGCUUGGGGAUUCUAAUUCCAAGUACUUUUCUGCUAUGCUAAAGGAGAGGAAUCAAAGGAAGCAGAUUAAGGAGCUCACAUCCCUAGAUGGGCAGAAGUUGAAUGAUGCUGAUAAGAUCAAGCAUGAAAUUAUAGAGUUCUACAAAUUACUGAUAGGGACUGCAGCACCAAAUCUACCUGCAAUAAAUAGGGAGAUCAUAAAGCAAGGACCUAUGUUAUCCCAACAGCAAAAAAGACAGCUAGUUGCAGAAAUCUCUGAUCAAGAGAUCUUUGAAGGAUUGCAGAAUAUUAGGGAUGACAAAUCACCAGGAGUAGAUGGUUUCAAUGCAUGCUUUUUCAAGAAAACAUGGCCUAUUAUCAAAGAGGAGAUCUGUGCAGCUGUUUAA